AUGCUGUACACCAUCGUCCUGCCCGAAUAUGUGCUGGGAAAGGCGCUCAGUGGCUUCAUGCGGGCACGCCAUCAGGCAGCUGAACAGAAGAAAAUCAUUGGAAAUGGAGGGGACACAGUCGCGAAGUCCUUCCAGCAACAGCUUAAGUCAUGGACAAUUUCUCACACGAUGCUUGCCGACCUCGGAGGCUUCGUCAUCGACUUGCGGGACUUGCCAUUGCCUACAGCUCCAGAUCACGACGAAAAGACUGUACCUGUACGCGAUGAGCCUGAGGACGAUCACCAGACACAGAAGGGGAAAGAGCACCGUCAAAUCGUCAACUCGCUAGCUGUCGAAGGCGAUAUGGGAGAGUGGACAUCUUCAAAGUUUGAAAAAUGGGCCAAGUCGCCAUUCUACGCCCUAUGCGGCGACAAAUGGGUUCUCAACGCAAAACAACUGUGGCUCGCGGCCAAGGUGGGCUUAAUCGCCUUGCCAAAUGUCACAGAGCGGCACAUCCAAGACAAGAGCAAGAGCAACAGCCUCGUCACCACGCUAGCGCUCGUCCAGAUCGCGCAGCUGAUAGCUGCUCUCGGGUCCCGAUACACUGGUGGCAUAUCGGCCAGCCAGCUCGAGGCGGUGGCGCUGGCCCACGCCGUCUGCGCCCUUUUCACCUAUGCGCUCCAGUGGUCCUGCCCGAAGGACGUUGGGGUUCCGAUCACCACGCAGGCACUGCGGCCGGCCUCGAGGGAGGACAUCCUCGCCAUGGGCAGGGAGGGCCGGGCGCGGUGGUGGUGGGGAGGCAUGUUCACCAGCUACACGAUCCCUUACAUGUGCACGCCUCACGAUUCGGCGAACCAUGACGUGGGGACGCUGCUGGGGCUGGCCAUCUUCGGUGCCUUCCACCUGAUCGCGUGGGCGUUUGCAUUUCCGACGGGCGGUGAGCGGCUGGCGUGGCGGAUUGCGUCGAUAGCUACCGCGGUGAUCCCGCUGCUGAUACUUGCGGUCAUGACCUGA